CUAGCGCUUUGUAUUUAAAAGAGUUUUCCUUGUCGUCAGAUUCAGUCUGAUCAAUAAAAUCUUAAGCUUCCAAUCAGUUUCUCAAAUUAACGGAGUAGCAUGGAACGGUGGCAAAAUAAAGUGGCUUUAGUAACAGGAGCGAGUGUCGGUAUUGGAGCAGCGAUUGCCGCGGAUUUAGUAAAAAAUGGUUUUAUUGUAGUCGCGCUAGCUCGACGUGAAGAACGCCUUCGGGAAAAUCAGAGAGCACUCCCGGAAAAUUUACAGUCCCGCUACCACCCCAGAAAAUGUGAUGUUACCAAUGAAGAUCAGGUAAAGGAUAUCUUCGCCUGGAUCGAAAGCAAGUUCGGUGGGACUGAUGUUCUUGUUAACAACGCUGGUGUUGUAGCUUCGGGUGUGGAACUAAUAAGCGUAGAUAAUACCGGCCCCAUCCGAAAUGUUGUGGAGACAAAUAUCAUGAGUGUUAUCUAUUGCGUCCGGGAGGCGUUUAAUUCAAUGAAAAAACGGAACUUCGAUGGCCAUAUUGUGAUCAUUAAUAGCAUCGCUGGGCAUUAUGUUCCCUUCGUACCUUUUGGCUCUUUGAAUAUUUAUCCUCCCUCCAAGCAUGCUGUGACGGCAAUGGUUGAAACAUAUCGUCAGGAAUUUGCGAAUGCUGGGACGAAGGUGAAAGUUACGAGUAUCAGCCCUGGAUUUGUAUUAACCGAAAUAUUGCCGAAUAUGGAAGGUUUUAGAGACGUGGGUAAUCCAAUUUUGAGCCCCGGGGAUGUCUCGAAUGCUGUAUUAUACGUGUUGAGCACACCGCCCCAUGUCCAGGUUCAUGAAUUGACUAUAAGACCUGUGGGAGAAAAAUUGUGAGGAACUAAUGCAUACAUUAAUAUACCGGUGAUGAAGAAAUACCAUGUUGUGCUACAUUUACUUUCAAUUUUUUAUAAAAACGUUUCCCAUUUGUAAUA